GAUCCAUCCGCGACGGCUCCAUCACCCGCUUCUGAUCGGAAAUUCAAACCCAAAAGCAAGAUAUCGAGUUUGGAGACUGUUCUGGAAAGCGAAUCUCGGACCCAACCUCAAUAUGCUUCAUCCCCAGCUGAAGCUUCAAAGGGCGUGUCGUCAACUCACAGCAGCGAUAAAGAGCGUCUGGCUGCGAAACGAAGCCAGUAUUUCCACGAUGCACUCCAUGAGCGAUCUGGUGCCAAUUCAGCUGCAGCAGCCGUGCGGGGAGAGGCUCUGAUUUAUGCGGAAAUCAAGACGAACAUCGAGAGCGAGCAUCACUUUCUCACCACAUUUUCCCACCAGCUUGCAGCAAGAUAUAACCGCUAUCCUUCUUCCACCGUCAUCUCCCUGCAUCAUAGCCAAUGCCUCUUCUUUGGCGGCUCCUUGGAUCCCGCCUACACCCUCACCAUCACGGCCCUCGCCUCUGAAGUCCAGCCUGCUACCAACAAGCGCAAUGCCGCUGUCUUGCAGAAGCACAUGGAGGCUGUGCUCCGCAUUCCGCCGGCCAGAGGGAUGGUGCGGUUUAUCCCCGUGACAGAAGAGUGUCUCGCGUGGGGGAGCAAGACUGUGGCGGGGAGGGUUUCGGAAGCCGUAGCGGGUGAGAGGGAUAUUGAGAGAGAAAGAAACAAGGUGCAGGAGAGACGAAGA